AUGCGGUUUACCUUCCAGGCUGGAGGCGAGCAUGCAUUUAUCUUGGAGCCUUUACGACAACGUGGGGAAAUAGGAGACCAAUUUUGCCGCCGCCGGAGACCUGAAUUAGUGGCUGGCUUAGCCAAGGUCGCACCUGGGCCGGCCCCAGCUAUCACCUCAGUGAUCUCACUCACCGCAGCUUCCGCCGAGCACGUUGCAGGCUGGGCAGGACCCCGGAACACAGCCUCCGUAACCAAGAAUAGGAGUAAGGUUCCUUACCGCCGCGGCGUCUGCGGAGGGCCCCUCGGGAGGGGCGGGGCUUCCGGCCGGCGCGGAGCCGCUUCCGGCCGGCACGGCCGGCCUCCGCCGCCGCGGGCCCACGCGGGCGGGAGAGGACCGGGCGGCGCGGGCGGACGCGGCCGUGGUACCUCCACUGUCUCUUUCCCAGUCCUGCUGCAGCUACUCCUUAGCCCAGGACCCAAGACAGAACCGUCCCUGUGGCAGCAGCUGGCAUCGUUUCAGGAGGCAGUGACAUUUGAGGAUGUGACCAGAGAUUGGAAGUGUCAAGAGACCUCUUAGAAGGAUUGCAGCAGGGACACAAUGCUGGACAGUUGCAAGAAGCCAGUCCCUCAGGGAUCCUUCUUACAGUUCUCCAUGAUGCCACAGAGAGCCGGAAAUGAUCCCCCUGGUGUUUCAAAUCCAAGUGAAAUGGAAAAGGAGAUAAGUAACAUGAGAGAAAAGUUUCUCAUCAGCGUGACAAAGUUAGUGGAAAGCAAAAGUUACAACAGCAAGGUAUUUUCCAAAGAAAAGUACUUUCAAACAAUAAAGGAAGUGAAAGAAGCUAAGGAGAAGGGGAGGAAGUCAUCACGUGAUUAUCGCCGUGCAGCAAAAUAUGACGUGAUCUCUGUACAAGGCAUAGAGAAACUAAUAGAGGCUACUCACGGAGAACGAGCUCGAAUACGGUAUUACGUACACAAGGAAGAGCUGUUUGAUAUUCUUCACGACACACAUCUCAGUAUUGGCCACGGCGGGCGGACGCGUAUGCUCAAGGAGCUACAAGGAAAAUACGGGAAUGUCACCAAAGAAGUCAUUGUCUUAUAUCUGACUCUGUGUAAACAGUGCCACCAGAAGAACCCAGUAUCCAAGAGAGGCCUCGCGCCCAAGCCCAUGCCAUUUAAGGACAUUGACUCCAGAUGCCAAGUUGAAAUCCUUGACAUGCAGUCAAAUGCUGAUGGUGAGUUCAAGUUUAUUUUAUAUUACCAGGACCACUUGACCAAGUUUAUUAUUUUACGGCCAUUAAAGGCCAAACAGGCCCAUGAGGUGGUCGCUGUCCUGUUGGAUAUUUUCACAGUUCUUGGUACACCCACCAUGUUAGAAUCUGACAGUGGCUUGGAGUUCACAAACCAGGUUGUCAAUGAGCUCAAUGAGGUAUGGCCAGACCUAAAGAUGGUCCCUGGUAAGUACCACCCUGGCCAAGGCCAGGGCUCCCUGGAGCGAGCAAGCCGUGAUGUCAAGAACAUGCUAAGUGCCUGGAUGCAGAGUAACCAUUCACGUCACUGGGCCGAAGGCCUGCGAUUCAUGCAGAUGGUGAGGAAUCAGGCCUUUGAUGUUUCCUUGCAGCAAAGUCCAUAUGAGGCGAUGUUUGGUUGUAAAGCCAAAUUUGGACUCUAUUCCUCACACUUACCCCGGGAAACCGUGGCUGUUUUACAAACAGAAGAAGAACUAGAAAUUGCUGAAGAACAGCUAGAAAGCAGCCUUUGGAUCAGGCAGGAAGAAAGAGCUGAGGUCGGAGCAGACCGAUCUGACAUGGACGAGGACGUCAAUCCCACUCCUCCCGAAGCUGCAGAGCCCAGCACCUCCCAAGGGGCCCCAGGUCUCUUCUGCUGGUGAACAGACACCUGCCUCUGGGCACCGUGUAGCCGCCUGAGAACUGUUGCCAAGGCCCCAGAUGAAAGGAAUGAAAGCCACACUCUCAGGAAAGCUGUCCAUGGUAGUCCUGGCUCACAGGGGGAAAGCAACUGGGGUCUCUGAUCUCGGGCUGCCAUAAAAAAUUACCACAAAUGUGGAGGCUUAAAACAACAGCACUUUCUUCUCCCAUAGUUCUGGAGGCUUAAGGUCUGAAAUCAAGGUGUUGGCAGGGUUCGUCCCUUCUGGAGGCUCUGAGGGAGAAUCCAUUCCAUUCCUUUCUCCUUUGGUGGCUGCCGGCAGUCCUUGCAUCCCUUGGCUUAGAGUAGCACAAAUCCGGUCUCUGCCUCGUCUGCACAUGGGUCUUCAUGUGGCCUUCUCCCCUCUGUCU